AUGGCAAAAAGUUUUCUGAGAUAUGAAGUGAAUGAUGGCAAUACUGCUCGGUUUUGGACUGAUAUAUGGUAUCCUAGAGGUCGUCUGAUCGAGGUUGCUGGAGAGAUUAGUACGCAAAGGCUGGGUAUUAGAAGGGAGGCUCGUAUCAGUGAGACGGUAGAGAUGCAGUUCUAUGGAAGAGAAGGGAUGGUAAUUAUGGUUCCAGGUUUGUGGCUUCUGAAACUUGGCACCAGAUCCGACAGUCUAAGAACAAGGCCGUUUACCCAGUUUUCGCAAGGGAUUCCUCGAUACGCUUUCAUCACCUGGCUAGCCAUCCAUGAUAGGCUUUCCACAGGUCGUCGUACAAGCAGUUGGGGGCAACCGCAGUGCUGCAUUUUCUGUAUGGAACCAGAUGAGACAAGAGAUCACAUAUUUUUUGCUUGCCCCUAUACGUUUAUGGUUUGGUUGAAAGUGACAGGGAAUCUGUUUGGCUUGGAAACUGAUCCUGAUUGGGACAUAACUCUGUCUCGACUGCUCACUGGUUCGUACGAUCGAGUCACUUUUAUCCUUCUGAGACUGGUCUUCCAAGUGUCUGUUUACCUAACCUGGCGUGAACGUAAUGAAAGAAAGCACAACACCAGCAACAAGUCAGUGGCUCAGCUAGCAAAGUUGAUCGAUAAGACCGUAAGGAACCGUAUCACUUCCCUCAAGUAUGCCUGCAACCCGCGACUGUAG